AUGGAAACUGAAGGCGGUUGGGCAAAUGGUUGUUUUUAUGUCGACCCUGCCUGUUUAUUUUAUCGCUUUUCUGCCGUACCAACGAAUGACCAUAAAAUACUUGAAAUUUUUCGAUGUCCAAAAUGGGAUCUUGAACUGGAUGUAAAAAUUAUAAUUGAAACUCAAAAUGAUAAACAAGAAAAAUUAAUUUCGCUAAAACCCGGAUUUACGACAGAAUGGAACGAUCUUCGAAUAACCGCCACAAGCAUGACAGUUGCUCCUCUUCCUAUACUCAAUCAACUUUUCGUGUCGGAUGAAAAUAGAGUUGCAAUUCUUGAAUCGGAAAGUGAAGAUAAAUUGAGAAGUUUUAAAUGUUCCUCAAAAGCGGCAGCCAUUAAAUUUAAUGAAUGUAAAUUAGAUCCACUAUCGUGUGAUUGUAACUCGGCCGACCAUAAUAUUUAA